UCAAGCUAAGAAUGACAAAAAAUUUGAAAUCUACAUCAGAAGAUGGUUAAACAAGAUUUUAAAAAAACAAGCCUUACAAUAUAAGUGGAACAGUGAUUUAAAGAAGACACAGAUGAGGCGAUGUGUAUUUCCUCAGACAGGUCAUUCCACUUCUGAGGAGCUCUAACAGCAAACGCCUCCUUUCUCUUUAAGCAUAAGGUGAGAACAGUUAACAGGUUUCUGUCUGAGGAGCUAAAGAACAAGCCUGUUGGAUAUUUUCAUAACAUGUCAUGGUUGUCAGUGGGUGACAGGUCUGGGCUGCAGGUAGGUUAGUUUAGCGCCCCAGACCCUUUUGAUACGGAGCUUCCUUCUCUGAAAAUGGUGUUAUUGGGAUGACAGCAAAUGUUGAUCCAACUAUAUACCUCAUGAGGCAAAAGCCAGCUCAAGCCAGCAGUAAAGAAAAAAAAGUAUAGCAAAGUCAAUCUGGCAAACUAAUGGAAAAUAGGGUGUAGUUUAUAACUUAAUAACCUGAGGUGUAGAGGUGCUAGUACGCAAAUGUUGUUACCCUCAGACAGAGCCUGAGAGUCACCUGUGGUCCAUCUGCGUUUCAAACAAGUCUCACCUCACUGAAAGUAGCUCCAUGUUUAAUAUACAGACGUGGGAAUGAUUUAUAUAUCUGUUCUGCAAACUCUCUGCAAGUAAGUGAAUAAAACAUCUUCUCGGAAAUAUAGAAGUAUUCCUUUGGGGGGUUCUUUGUGAUUUUUAGCCAUUUGGACAUUAAUAUAUUCUUUACACCAUGUCUAAAACUUCCAGAUUGCCACUCGUGUUGUAGCCUGGAGUAUAUACAAAUGGAGAUCCACCCCACCGCUCACUCCCAACACCACACUUCCUCUUCAGCCAUAUACACACACAGAUGCAUACACGUAAUAAUGAAAUGCAGUGGUUUUUGAAUCUUUUCUGCAAUAUUUGCCUAAUAAUGCUAUAAAAAUUAAUUAGCUCCUCUGGGGGAAAUUAAUAUUUUUAUGAUUGUUUCUUUGUUUCAGAAUUAAGUUUUGGUAAUGUUGCCUUCUUUUGUCGGUCUGCAGUUUUAAGAGAGGCCAAAACAAGGCCAAAAAGAAAAAGGUGGGAGGUCCCACUGCUGGAAACUGAGCCUUGGAUAUUAUCACUAUGUGGCAUGUGUCUUAAAAAUUAUGCCCCCCAAAUAGUUACUUGAACAACCUUGAGAAUUGCAUCACCCUGUCUUCUUACACUUUUCUUACAGUUUUCAAACUUAAGCAUAUUCAGUAACGAGCCUUGUGCUUUCAUCUGUAUUGUCCAUGAACGCCUAAUUUCUUCUCCAUUCUGACACUAAAACGUCAGAGAAGAUUUCUUCGAAGUACUUCAGCAUUAGUCAUGUCACAGUGCCCUUUCUUCCUGAUAGUUGUUGAGUUUAAAAACCUUCAUUCUUUACAGGACAGACAAAGCCUGGUUCUCGUCUUUGUUUUUUAACCUUGCCGUUCCUCAUUUAGUUAUAACUGCUCUGUCACUUUUAAAAUGAUUGCCCAUAAAAAAGGUAGACCACUAGCAGUUGUAUUAUCACCUCCUUAACCUUGCUUGGGUUCUUAAGAGAGAGGAGAUGGCAUCGUUCAGAAUUCAUUUGGACUUCUAAGGCAAUUCAUACAGCGCUGGCUGCUUGACUGAUACGUUAUUCUCUUGCAUUGCUUACACUGGAUUUCAAGAUGGUUUAAAACUGUGAAAGUGAGAAAAGAUGAGCUUUUAAGUACAAGUGUAUUGUUAAACAUAUGGAUAUUAAGAAAGUUAAUCUCGUAGUGUUGAAUUACUAUCCUUUCUUGGGUCAAAUAAGGUGUAAAAAUAAGAUUCCAACACCUGUUGUCUUUUGCUACUCAUUUCAUGUUCAGGUUGUAGCCAAUGAAAAUUAAACUUCUGUAGAUGACCUUUGCCUAAGAGCUGGCGCCAUAAAAAAUAUUAUAAAAUUAUAUAAUAAAAGUUAUUUUAGAUCGUUUGAAGGAUGUGCAGUACUGUGCGAAAGUCUUGAGGCAUCCUACAUUUCUUUAUAUUUUGCUUACAAGGAGCCAGACCCUCUUGUUAGUGUUAAGCCUCUUAACACUGACCUAUGAAUCAUUCAAGCAUAAAAAGGGCACCUAACUCAGGGGAUGAACCAGUCUUGUAUGUGUCCUUCAAAAAUCUGAGGAAACUGGAUAAGAGAAUGACGAAUAAAACAAGUGACAGACCUAAAAAGUUAAAAAAAAAAACAAAAAAACCCUGAUCAACAUUAUCUGAAAGUCACGUCCUUAAGAAAAAUCCAGCACAGACUUGUCAAAGGCCCUAAGAAAUGCACGAGGCCCAACAGUUGAUCUAUCUACUGUUAACUGAAGGCUUCUUAAAGAUGGUCUUAAAAGAAGGGUGGCCAUCAAGAAGGGAAAGUGAAGUUAAAGCUGAGAUAUGACAAAUUACAGUCAGUGGCAACAGGUCCCGUGGAGUGAUGGAUCCAAAUGUGAAAUGGUUUUCUUUGUUGGUUGUUGGGAAUCUUAUCAACAUUGAUGGAAUUAUGAAUGCAGAAAAUUACCAUCAGAUUUUUAUCCAUCAUACAAUAUCAUCUGGAAAGCAUUUAAUGAGCAGCAGCUUCAUUUUUCAGCGUGACAAUGAUCCCAGCCACACUGCCAAUGCAGUAAAAGCGUACCUGGAUAGAAAGAGACACAAAAAAAGACUAUCAGCCAUGGACUGGCCUCCCCAGAGCCUGCAUCUCCACAUAACUGCAGCAAUCUUGAAUCAUCUUGACAGAGAAUGGAACAAAAGGGUGCUGCCACGUAUUUGGCUGGGCAGCUGCCCUCGACAGGUGGAACACGUGACAGUAAAGAUGAAGUAUGAACUGGGAAUCACUGCAGUGAUGAACUUCCAGACAGAGUGGGAUGUGGUGAGCAAUUCCUAUGGCUGCCGGCGUAACCCCGACGAAACCAUGACCCCAGAGACCAUGAUGCAUUUGUACAGAGACUGUGGCCUUGUGUAUGUGUGGCUGCCCACACCGGACAUGAGCACUGAGGGUCGGAUCAGGAUGCUUCCUCAGGCUGUAUUCUUGCUUCAUGGUCUCCUAGAGAAUGGCCACACAGUCUAUGUCCACUGUAACGCUGGAGUGGGGAGGUCGACUGCAGCUGUGUGUGGCCUGCUCAUGUAUGUCCUCGGGUGGACCCUGAGGAAGGUGCAGUACUUUGUAGCAACAAGGAGACCGGCAGUGUACAUCGAUGAGGAAGCUUUAGUCAAAGCUGAGGCAGACUUCCUUCAAAAGUUUGGCCGGCUGCGCUCAUCUAUGUCUGACCCUGAAACAUGAGAUCUGAGUGGCUUUGUGCUUUAAAUCUGAAGCUGAAUCCUUUGGACUUUUUGAGAAAUAAAAUGAUUGAAAACUCAAAACAAUUCUUGAUGUGCAAAAUUUAAAAAAAUAAAAUCUGUAUCUCGACUUUAAUCCAAUGUAUGUAAAUGACUCACUUCAGCCCAAGUAUCUGAGAGUGUUCUGGCAGCAGAAAUGUCAAUCAAUCCAACUGGUGUGUGAGCUUUUAAAAGCUGGGAUAGGCAGCAUGUUUUUGGCGUCACUGGGCAAAUAAUCCCAUCUAGGCUUUCAGCGUAUUGUAUUUUAAAUGUUCUUAAGAGGUACUUGACUCCUGCUCCUCCACUGGGGUCUAUUUUCAGGCUUCAAAAACAUCUAGUCUGUUAUGGGACCUUAAAAAAAAGCAGUAAGGUUAUAAAGUCCUAAUAGGAAGCAAAAUGUGGCGGUUCAGUGGGUACUUUUUACAUUACUGACUAAUCUUCAGCUGUAUGAAUAUUGUGCAUACACCCAUGCUCAUCUGGUUGGAGGGGAUUGGAGAGAGAUGACAGCUGCAGGAGGAGAUGUGGCUUUUAAAAAAAAAUCUGGCUCCCCCUCUUUCAGGGCCUUAACUCAGCCUUUAAAAAUAUACACUUGCAAACUGAGGACUUGGACUCAGCACAUGUCCACGUGGGUGUUUGUAAAGGCCUUUUCUUUUAAUGCUUUUUGAAGUUUUAAUGAAUAAACAAAGCUGAUGUUUUGAGCAAACAGAUGCUCUUUUAAAAGUUUAAUGCAACUAAAUCGCAGGAACUAUGCAGGUUGAUAUUUCUCAUUUCCUGCGUGCAGGAAGUAGGUCAAUUAUUAAGAGAAACAUAAAUUUUCUGUGUUGUUUUGUGUUUGUUUGGUUUUUUGUCAUUUCUGAGAAUCUCUUCUUUCUUUUCAGAAAGGAAAUUUGUAAUUUCCCAGGUUUUAGAGAUGGAACUUAAUGCUGCAUGAAAAUGACUCUGUGCCAAAGCUACAAAUGAAAAUUUAAAACUAAUAUAUCAAUAAUGUCUCUCCCUGUGUGUAUGAGAGGAACUCAGCUCCCGGGCAUCAAAGAAUAUAGCUUGUUCUCUCUCACACUCUGAGCGCUUGAUAGCAUUUCAUGUUUUAUUUACCUGACAGAUGCUCUUCCAAUCAUCUCCUGAAUAAGAAAAAACAUCUCUUCUAGACCGUUUUAAUGCAUACAUAACAGCCCAUUAAGACAUGGAGCAUUAUUUUUUGUCAUUUCUGAACAUUUGACUACACUGUUAUUGUGACGAUGCUGCAUUUGCUUUUCUUCAGAAGAUGUUUUUGUUAAGAAAAUUAGUGAAUUAGAAUAUCAAAGAUGUCUUCCCUCGAGCACAAAUCUGUAUACUUUUUUUUAUUAGUUUCUGUGAGUCUCUGCAGAAGGCAGCACCAUUAUGAGGGGAUCAGCGGGGAUGGGUGGGUGGAUAGAGCUAAGCACCUGUGCUAUUGAAAGUGAAUCAUCACGGUUUUCUAAAGAUCUAAAAAUAUUCACAAAACUAAACUUGAAGUAAAAUGCUUUCCUAUAUUUAUUUUAAUUUUUUUGUUUUCUGAAGUCUCAACAUUGAUUUGACAGAAAACCAUAUGUUAUGUUUGUGUAUACCUUACUGUAUGAACAGUAUAUUAGUGUUGGGCUUGCCAUGUCUUUGAUAUUAAUGUAGCUGAUAGACAUGCUGUAAUUAUUGAAAUGGAUUACUGGUAGCAAUUGAUCACAAAGCAUCUGAACACCAUAUCAUUUGCUGUUGCAUGUAGUUGCAUUCAAAUUCAAGUACAGAGACGAUUUGCAGCUCACACAGAACAUUUAAAAAAAUGACGAAAAAAAACCCACCAGUGCACCAACACUUGUGUUGUGCCUAUUAUUUUGCCCUGCAAUAGCUGUGCAUGGCAUCAGCUUGUAUAUAUUCUCUUUGCUCGGUCUUCUAGAUCCACUUCAUGCUGAAAGCGUCACAGAUCAUUUCUUUUCAUUUCCUUCUGCAGUUUACCCUCCUGUUUUUUAUGCCUUCACGGAUCAACUGAGACCGACAAUGUCUUCUAUUUUAUCUUUACUGUAAAAUGAAACAUUAAUAAUAAAACU